GACCAGAGUCAUCUAUCGGCGAGCGGAAGAACUACACACCAAACUCGGGCAAGAAGUGGGUCGAUGGAGUCUUCUCUCAAUCCCAAACUUUUUAACAAUAAUGACGUGAAGACCGAGCUUUUUUAUUGAUGUGAACACGAGAAUCCCCCUCCCCCUAAUAAAUAAGGAGAAGCAAGCGAGUUCCCCCGCUUUCAAAAGGAAAAAUCAGAAACGCCUCUCCCGUGUUCGUGUGUGUGAAGUUUUUGGGGGUUUAUUUUUCUUCUCUCGUACUCGCUUAACUUGAAAAGAAAAAGAAAAGAAAAGAGUAAAGAGGGCCAAACCAACCCCGUCGAAAAGCAAAAUACAAUAAAGACCAGAGGACAGAAAAGGAACCCUCCCUCUCUCCCUCCCACAAAAAUAUCAAAAAUAUUCCCCAAUGUAUAAACAACUCCAAAUGGGCUUUCGUACCUUUCUUCUCUUGGCUCAAAAAAUCUGGAGUUUCAUCUGUUAUGUCUUGAGGAAGCAAGCGAGGGUGGUGUUACAGUACCAGCCAGUGAAAUACGAAGUGUUGCCCCUCUCACCCCUGUCUAAACACCGACUAAGUUUGGUGAAGCGCAAAGUGUUAGUACUGGACCUGGAUGAGACCCUGAUUCACUCACACCACGAUGGAGUUAUUAGGCAAAUGGUUAAGCCAGGAACGCCCCCAGACUUCGUGCUCAAGGUGACCAUUGAUCGGCACCCUGUACGCUUCUUUGUGCACAAAAGGCCCCACGUCGACUUCUUUCUGGACAUAGUGUCACAGUGGUAUGACCUUGUGGUAUUCACAGCCAGUAUGGAGAUAUAUGGAGCAGCUGUGGCAGACAAAUUGGACGGAGGCCGAGGGAUUUUACGCCGUAGAUAUUAUAGGCAGCACUGCACACUCGAUUACGGUAGCUACACCAAGGACCUAGCUGCCAUAUGUCCAGAUCUGGCCUCUAUAUUCAUUCUGGACAAUUCCCCCGGUGCAUAUAGGCAAUAUCCAGACAAUGCAGUGCCAAUCAAGUCGUGGUUCAGUGAUCCACUGGACACCUCCCUACUCAACUUAUUGCCCGUGCUAGAUGCACUGCGGUUUACAGCUGAUGUACGUUCGGUCUUAUCCCGAAACCUACAUCUCCACCGUUUAUGGUAGCACUCAGGGUUGUAGUUUGUAGCGUGUGGCUGUGGCUUUUCAAGUUAACUAUUGGCCACUGUUAUUGGUCUCAGGGGUGCAUGGGGGCUUGGCCCGUGCCGCGUCCUGCUGCGCCAUGUGUUGUGGACGCUGCCACCGGAGAACUCUCAUGCUCCCCCUCCCCUCCCCAUUUCCCCCCAACCCCAACCCCCUUCCGUGGAUGUGAGGGUUUAGAAUGAAUGUUGAAAGUGUUGACGCCACCUUUGUUGUAUAUGAUUUUUUUUUUUUUUUUUUUUUUUUUUUUUUUUUUUUUUUUUUUUUUUUCUCUCCCCUUUUUUCCCCCCCUUUUUUUGUGUGUGGUAUAGAUGGCGACACGUUCCAGUCACAUUUGGGCUGGGCGCUUAGGCCUGUACACAACUUUUUUCUGACAAUGGACAAAUUUUACCUUUAUAGUGUGUGCAAAACAUUUUUAUAUGGAGUAAUGUUUAAAAGAAAUAAAAAAAAUCUUAGAAGA